CUUAUAAAGUCCGCAGCGCGGGCCUCCGGAGCUCACUUGCCCGACAGGCCGGAUGUCAGAGGGAAUCCCGGCCGACGCGUGACCCCGCAGCUCCCGCAGCGCCCGCCGCGCCGGCCGCGCCCACGCCCCGCACACGCUCACCCCGCGAGGAGGAUGGAGCCGCGCCGCGCCCGCGGGGUCCCCGCGCUGCUGCUCUGCCUGGGUUUCCAUCUUCUACAAGCAGUUCUCAGUACAACUGUGAUUCCUUCAUGUAUCCCAGGAGAGUCCGAAGAUAACUGCACAGCUUUAGUUCAGACAGAAGAUAAUCCACGUGUGGCUCAAGUGUCAAUAACAAAGUGUAGCUCUGACAUGAACGGCUACUGUUUUCAUGGACAGUGCAUCUACCUGGUGGACAUGAGUGAAAAUCACUGCAGAUGUGAAGUGGGUUACACUGGUGUCCGAUGUGAGCACUUCUUUUUAACCGUCCAAAAACCUCUGAGCAAAGAAUAUGUGGCUUUGACCGUGAUUCUUGUUAUCUUAUUCCUCAUCAUAGUCGCUGGUUCCAUAUACUAUUUCUGCACGUGGUACAGAAAUCGAAAAAGUAAAGAACCAAAUAGGGAAUAUGAAAGAGUGACCUCAGGGGAUCCGGCGUUGCCACAAGUCUGAAUGGUGCCAUUAAGCUUAUGGGCAGGGAUGCACUGCGUACCUGGUUAUGUUAAUAUUCCUAUUUUAUUAAUAAUAUUUAUGUGGGGUCAUGUGUUUAGUCAACAGUGAUGUAUUUUUAAUAUGCUAAGAAAAGUUUGUAUUUUUGUUUUAUUUUUGACAGACUAUUUGUUCAUGUAUAAUGUAUACAAAAUAUUUAAUAUAAAAAGAAAAUGGAUAUUUUUGUAAGAAAUCAUUUCCUGGACUAGAUGCUUUAUUGAAAACUUUUUGCCUGCUGUACAAUGCAUAGGUGUGAGUAAUGCCUAGUUUGUUGUUCAGGAGGUGUCAGCGAGUGACAGGUUUCUGUAAGCUUAAAUAUAUGGUCGAAUCAAUUUAAUAAGUAUAUUUUUCUGCUCCUCGAAUCAAUGAUAAUUGGUUUGACUAUAUCACAGUUUGAUGUAUGAGUUGGCACCAAUGUGCCGUGUGUCAAAACAGUAAUGCUGUGGGAAUUGGGGAGAAGCAAGUAUAGAUCACGUGCUAAACACUACAUGUUUGAAACAAUCUAAACCCUGGAGAGCUCUGCUCCCUCCACACGCAUCCUUCGCUAUAAUUUGCUGUUUGUCUGCCUAGAGAGAAGGUGCAUGAUUCCCUAUUUCCACCCACAACUCCUACAGAUGCUAGUCACUCAUCUAACAGAUUCUCCUUAAGAAAAUGAAUUGAGAACUUAAUUGUAUAUCAUCUUAAUAGUAGAUAAUUUAUAGCUUCACAGUGUUCUUUUUUUUAGUACAACAUUUAUGCUAGGUAACUGCUGCUCGUGAGACAAUAAAAAAAAUCCAUUCGUGAAGCCAAAAUCUGUGCUUCUUUUUGAGAGUAGUUAUGUCUAUAGGGACUUGGCUGGAGAAUUCUAAGAUUAAAUCAUAGUCCAAAAUUUGAUGGACUAAUUAUUUUAAAGUGUAAUAUAAGACAGUAAUUCUAUAUAUCGUCUAAAGAGAUCCAAAAGGAUAUUUCUGUUUCCCACUAAUACAGCUGAAGUCAAAUGUGCUGUGUAAGAUUACAUUUUAAAUCCUACACAUAUUUAUUGACAUCUGCUAUAUGUAAAGGAGGUCUGCUUAUUUUGAGUGAUUUUGAUUGCUUCAAAGAAAAUUUAUUGACUAACCAAGAAAUCAGCUGCAGUCCAUUUAUUUUGUUACAAAAAGGGAGUCAUAUUGGUUUAUCUUAAGCAUCUCAAUUCAUAUUACAUAUCUAAUU